UAUUAACUUCCAUUUUCUAUUUAACCUAGACAUAACAGAUCAACAUCCGCUACAGACAUUUACUCAAUACAGGCUUUGUUGUAUCAAAAGCAAACCUUGUAGUCAACUGCCCUUACUCACGAUUAUAUUCGCUCGAAGUUGAGCCGAAUCUAUUAAGUUAUUUACCUGGCAUUAGCUUCGCACUGAAACAAUGCCUUCCCUUCGAGCCGACGUCUAUGUAUCUCCUCCAACACCAUUCAAGGGAGUGAACGGUAUCCCGGAUGGAGUCUGGUCACCUAUCACCUCCACCUUGAUUCACGGAGAGAAAGAAGCCGUCCUUGUGGAUACUCCAGUCACUGUUGAACAGACUAACAAACUGAUUGAGUGGAUUGAAAAGAGGAUUCCUGGCAAACGCCUAACGAAGAUUUACAUUACCCACGGGCAUGGAGAUCACUGGUUUGGCAUCCCCCUCCUCGUUAGACGAUUUCCCGGGGUACAGACGAUCGCUACAGCGGCUACCAUUGAGCACAUGAAAGGAGACAUCAGCCCACCAAUUUUCAGUAACUUUUGGACCGCUUGUUUUCCCGGAGAUCAAAUUCCCGAACAAACCGAGAUGGCUACACCUAUAGGGCCCAGCAACGAGUUCUACCUGGAAGGACAUGUGUUCAAGGCCGUCGAAGUUGGGCAGUCAGACACUCACGAUAGUACUGUUCUAUGGGUUCCAGAUAUCAAGCUAGCUGUUUGCGGCGAUGUCGUAUAUGGCGAUGUGCACCAGAUGCUUGCAGAAUGCACCACGAGGGAGCUGCGUGCUGCCUGGAUUGACAGUAUCAGGAAAGUAGAAGACUUGAAGCCGGAGCUUGUUGUUGCUGGGCACAAGCAGUCGCAUGAGAUGGAUGGGACAUAUCAUUUGCAAAACUCGAGGAAAUACAUAGAAACGUUCCAGGAGCUAAUCGACGCUGGUGCGAAGGAUGCAGAUGAGCUGUCCCGGGAAAUGGUGAACAGAUUUCCUACUAGAUUUAACAUUUCGGCUGUAACUAAUAGCUGCCUUGCAGCCUUUCCAGCUCCUAAAAGUAGUUAAUUAACUAACGUAACUUAGCAUUAACGUACUCCACGGGCGAGUCACUCAACGGGCGAGUUGCUUACUUUUGCCAAGAUUACACCAAACCUCACCCUAUUACGGCCUCUACCAGCCCACUUUGGGACUGCGCAGGGUAGAACAACCUGUAAUAUUACUUAGAGACUACUUCUACAUUACCGUGUCCGUGCACCUCACGGGCCGGGUCAGUGAGU